GGAAGCCGUAGGGGGGGGGGUGAGGCGGAAACGAAGGGACGGAAUGCACCCUGAUCCCGGAAGUGUUUGUGGGAGGCCUGGUACGGCGGCCCGGGUUUGAAUGGAUUGGGCUGAUUCAUCGCGGCCUUGUUGAGCGGAAGACGGCGGUGCUGAGCGCUCGUCGGUAGGAGGAGACGACCUGCCCGAGGGAAGAAGGCUGGGAAUCGCCGCCACUACUGGGAUAAAACUUCAUUGACAUCAGGACUCAGGAAGCCUUACUAGAACUGAGUAGAAAAUAUGGAUAGACUUCUUCGACUUGGUGGAGGCAUGCCUGGUCUGGGACAGGGGCCGCCUACUGAUGCCCCUGCCGUUGACACAGCCGAACAGGUUUAUAUCUCUUCUCUUGCCCUUUUGAAGAUGUUGAAGCAUGGUCGUGCUGGUGUCCCCAUGGAAGUUAUGGGUCUGAUGCUUGGAGAAUUUGUUGAUGACUAUACUGUCCGAGUGAUUGAUGUGUUUGCUAUGCCACAGUCAGGAACGGGAGUCAGUGUCGAGGCGGUCGAUCCUGUGUUUCAAGCCAAAAUGUUGGAUAUGUUAAAGCAGACUGGAAGACCUGAGAUGGUGGUUGGCUGGUAUCACAGUCACCCUGGCUUUGGCUGUUGGUUGUCUGGCGUGGAUAUUAAUACUCAGCAAAGUUUUGAAGCCUUAUCCGAAAGAGCUGUCGCUGUUGUGGUAGAUCCCAUUCAGAGUGUAAAAGGAAAGGUUGUUAUCGAUGCCUUCAGAUUGAUCAAUGCUAAUAUGAUGGUCUUGGGACAUGAACCAAGACAAACAACUUCAAAUCUGGGUCACUUAAACAAGCCGUCUAUCCAGGCUUUAAUUCAUGGUCUGAAUAGACAUUACUAUUCCAUUACUAUCAACUACAGGAAGAAUGAGCUAGAACAGAAGAUGUUGCUGAAUUUGCAUAAGAAGAGUUGGAUGGAAGGGUUAACUCUCCAAGACUACAGUGAACACUGCAAACUUAAUGAAACAGUAGUGAAGGAAAUGCUGGAGUUAGCAAAGAAUUAUAACAAGGCUGUAGAGGAAGAAGAUAAAAUGACACCUGAACAGCUGGCAAUAAAAAAUGUUGGCAAGCAGGACCCAAAACGUCAUUUAGAAGAACAUGUGGAUGUGCUGAUGACUUCCAACAUCGUCCAGUGUUUAGCAGCUAUGUUGGAUACUGUUGUGUUUAAAUGAUGACUCUUCUGCUCAUCGGGGCUGUUUUCUUUCUAUAAUCAUCCAUUGUUUCGAGCACUGAGACUGAGAUAAAUUUGGAUGCCAAAGACAUCUGGCAUCAUUUGCAGUCUAAGAGCAGCGCUGUAACACCUUUUCGUCUUUGUUGUGUAAUUACUUUGGGACUUUUUUUUUUCAUGCCUGGGUCUUCACAGAUUCCAACACAAUUCAAGAACACCAGGUUGGAAGAUGUGUGUUAAUAUUUUCAUUUGACAUUUGAGGGAAAUCAGCAGUAAAUAUAUAUAUUGAUGGUUGCUACUACAUAAUUUUGAAAAAAAAAAUCUGUAACCCAA